AUGGAGGAACAACUCAACUGGACACGCCACGAGACGGUGUCUUCGAGUCCCGCCGAGGUCGAAAGGGGCGGCAGAUGCCCCCGGUCUGCUCGGCUCGACCAAUUGCAGACGAUCCAGUCAAGGGUCCGCGUUCAACAGACGCUGAUUGGCCGGAAAGCCUCACAGCUUGUUGCCCUCUUCGGGGGCUGGCUAUGUGGGUGGGGUGUGAUGUCACUUUUGUGUGACGAGGAGGCUGCUUUGAUGCCCGACAGGCAGGUGUGUACCCUAUCGCUGAAGUGCAUGCCAGUCCUCAGACAGGGGGGGCGAAGCGUAUGGGUGGGAGGGGGUCGGGAGAGGGGACUGCCCAAACACACAGUACAGGUCACCUGUUUCGAGGGUGUCGAAGAUGGCAGGUCAUUUAGCUACCACCAGACUGGGCAUGCUACUCCCGUGUCCCGGCAAGGUGGACUCGUCCCACCUCCACACUUUUCAUCACAACUUCAUGAAGACGCAUACACAUAUCGCAACACACGAGCCCACCAACCGAUUUGGGGUACUCUUCACUCACCGACUGUCCGUCAACAUGUGCUCUUAAUUGCUCUGACGACGAACACCACAGCCCAACAGGCUCAUCUCCUUUAG